AUGCGGGUGGGCGAGGAGGCCACGCACCAGGUGCUGGGCCGGCUGCGGUUCCUGCUGCAGUGCAGCGAGUGCUUCCGCCGCGCCCGGCCGCUGCCCGCCGCGCUGUGCUACGUGCCCCGCGAGGUGCAGUACAAGAUCUGCAAGGACCCCGCGGCCGCCGUCUCGUCCCGCAGCCUGCUCAGCGUCUGGGACGGCCCCGGGCCGGCGCGGGGCUCCAAGCGGGCCACCAUCGAGGUGCGGAAGGGCGGCUGCCUCCGCGCUACGGGCGAGGAGUACCGAAACAGCGCGGGGCUGUGGGUGAAGCUCCGCAAGGAGCACCUGGAGGAGAACGGGGUCUGUCAUGAGCUGGAGGAGGGCUGGGUCCUGGCGCAGCGGUUUGGAGAUGGGGGAGAUAAGUUGGUACCGGUGGAUCCGGUGGAGAAGAUCCAGCAGCAACACCAAACCUUUGGAACGGAUUACAAACCUGUGGCUAGCUGGGAACAAGUGGUGGACCUGACAUACACCAUGCAGUUGGGAGAGAAGCCCGUGUCAGUCGAGCCGGAUGAGGCUGUGGUGCAGAAGCUUCGGUCGAUGCCUCCAAAUUGGAGCUAUGAGCAGGACAUGGAGCUGGGGCGCUUCCUGUAUGACAUCACCGAGAGGGAUCAACACUGCAAGGACUGCUUUAAGGACCACCUCAACAGCAUAGAGGUCUCCUCACAGCUGAAUGACUUCAAAAUAACCCACCUGACAGACAACCAGGGAGACACCUACUGGGAGAGCAACGGGUCCCCUGGGCAGCACUGGGUGCGGCUCCACAUGAAAAAAGGCAGCGUCAUCAAGAAGCUGUGGCUGAUGCUGAACGCAUGCAUCAACUCCUACGUCCCCAGGCGGGUGGCUGUGUAUGGAGGGCCAGCCAACAGGCUGCAGCACCUGAGAACUGUCUUAAUCAAUGAGAACAGCUAUCAGGAUGUAUGCAUCCUACGUGACAUGAAGACCCACAUGCCAGUACUGGAGAUCCGCAUCUUGGAGUGCCGAGAACAAGGGUACAACGUCCGGCUGCGAGGGAUUAAGUUCAAGUCCUUCUGGGAGAGGGACUUGAGCCUCAACGCAGACAUGUUUCAGGCGGCCCAGCUGGUGCGCUACCCGCUGCUGGAAGGGGUGGACGCAGAUGUACUGUACCACAGGGCCAUAGUUAUCCAGAGGUUCAUCCAGCUCCUGGACAGUGUCCUGGGGUACCUGAUCCCCAUCUCCGAUGAGAGUGACAGCAGCUUCAGUGUGCUGAGGGGCAUGAAGCCGUUCCUGCAGCUGUGCAAGCUGGGCAAAACCCUCGUCACCCAUUGCCUGCAGAGCUCGGAGAGCAGCCCACCUUGCAUGCUGCCAAAGCUGCUCAUCAACCGGCAGCUGGCCCGUGAGCACCGGGCUCACCCUGAGCUGGACCCUAGUGGCCGGAACACAGUCUUCACCCAGGUGUAUGAAAACCUGAAGCCUUCUAAAACCAACAAUCAUCUCCUAAACUACAGGUGGCCUCAGACCCACAGCCAGUGGUGGGAGUGUGACUUCACCACGGAGGGCGUCAUUGAUAACGGCGGGGGUUUUCGGGACUGCCUGACAGACAUCUCAGAGGAGCUGUGUCCCAGCUCUGGUGAUGUCCCCGUGCCACUGCCCUUCUUUGUGCGCACAUCCAACCAGGGUAACAGCAGCAGCGACACCAGGGACAUGUACGUCCCCAACCCCUCCUGCAAGGACUUCCCUAAGUACGAGUGGAUUGGACAGCUCAUGGGAGCAGCCCUGAGAAGCAAGGAGAUUCUGGUCCUGGCUCUGCCCAGUCUGGUGUGGAAGCAGCUGUCAGGAGAGGAGGUCAUCUGGAGCAAGGACUUUGCUGCUGUGGAUGUGGAGCUGGUGAAGCUGCUGGAGAUGCUGGAGGAAGUGGACAGGGAGGCCUUCAACUUCAUGUUUGGCAAGGAGCUGACCUACACAACGGUACGGAGCGACCAGCGUGUGGUGGAGCUGAUCCCAAAGGGUAGCAGCACCGUGGUGCGCUUUGAGGACCGCAAAGAGUUCAUCCAUCUGGUGCAGAAGGCUCGGCUGGAGGAGAGCAAGGAGCAGGUGGCAGCUAUUCGUGCCGGGCUGCUCCGUGUGGUGCCCCAGGCUGUGCUGGACCUGCUCACCUGGCAGCAGCUGGAGAGGAAGGUCUGUGGGAACCCUGAGGUGACGGUGGAUGAGCUGAAGAAGUUCAUCACCUUUGAGGACUUUGACAGCACCCGCAUCCAGCAAUUCUGGGAUGCCCUCAAGAACUUCACCAGUGAGGACCUCAGCCGAUUCCUCAAGUUCAUCACCGGCCGCAGCCGCCUCCCUGUUCAGCUCACCAUCUACCCAGACCGGUCCAUCCCUGAGCGGUUGGACAUGAUGCCUGAGGCCUCCACAUGCUCCUGCUCCUUGUUCUUGCCCAAAUAUUCCUCGGUCAAGAUAUGUGAGGAGCUGCUGCGCUUCGCCGUGUAUAACUGCAUGUCCAUCGACACUGACAAGAACACCUGGGACUAGUGGCAAUAAAACCACUAAUUGGU